CUCUGAAACCCUUAUUAGGAAAUUGCUAUCUAAAUUGAUUCCUAUUCCAACUGACCUAGCCGACUAACUUCCCCUCCUCCUUCUCCAAUCGAGUAGAAAGUCCAGAUUCUGUUUCUUCAAACAAUGUCGUACGACGACGUAGAGAUAGAAGACAUGGAGUGGAACGAAGAGCUUCAAGCGUACACAUAUCCAUGCCCGUGCGGCGAUCUAUUCCAAAUCACCAAGGAGGAUCUCCGACUCGGCGAGGAAAUCGCUAGAUGCCCUAGCUGCUCUCUCUACAUCACUGUUAUUUACAACAUGGAAGAUUUCCUCGACGAUAAAUCCAAAAAUAAGAAAAAUAUUGAGCCUCCCAAGCAGCAACCUGUCGCCGUCGCUUAAACCUCAAAUUUUAGGUUGUUUUUAGGAAUAGAGAAGGGCGUUUAUGCUUUGGUGGCUGAGUAGGGGCAAAAGCUGUCAUGCUUGUAACCGUGCUGCUGUGUUGUAAAAAGAACUCUCCUAAAGUCGUAUGCUAUGACUUGUCAAUAAAUUGAUAAUAAAUUGUAGAUUUUGAGUUCAGUGGUUUGAUUCAUUGGAAGAAUAGGUAUGCAGAGAAUUUGAUGCUCAUCUUUAUCCCUGUUGAUAUCAUUAAGUGUUGUAUAUGUACUUGAAUGAGCUUAUGCAUGUGCACAAACAGUAGACAUUUGAAUCAUUGGGCGCUGAUGUAUGUAUAUCACUCAUGGGAUGGGAAGUGAAAUGAGAUUACUUAGAAAUCUCUUCCUUUUCUUGGUGGAUAAAUCUGCGGGACUACAGCUAAAAGACCGCCAUACUUGUGGAAUCAGCAAUGAGAAGCACAAAAGGACCAGGUGGAGAAAUCUGAAAGUAGUAGCUGGUUACUCUGUCAAUUGUUGGGGGUAAUGCUUGGAGAUCAAUUGAUUAAAAGUUGAUUAUGCAAUAUAGUUUGAUUGAACAUACCCUAUAGCAACAACAAUGCCUGUCACCCACCAACCCCUCAUCUUAUUAGGUUGUCUCAACUUUGCUCUUGUGAUUUGACUUAAAUCCUAUUUGCAUCUAUAAAUGUAAAUGAUAUGAGAUAACUGACUAUUCUCAGA